GCCUGUCACUGCUUGCCUCUUUGUUCAAACUGAUCUUGCUUCUCUCCCUCAGCAUUGCUGCUGGCGAGGAGGGGGUCAGAGGCAGCACCUUGCUGUGUGUCCGCGCGCAUCGAUUCCGAUCUGGCAAAUAUCAACGUGUGAGGAUGAACGGCGCAUAGGCUGCAGCCCGGCGAGGAGAGGAUAACGUUGGCGAAGGAGUGACGACUCCAAGACGUCUAUAGAGCUCGUGCACACACACUCACGCCGGUUUCUUCUGCCUCUGCAAAGUGCUGUUUUCACCCUUGUUUCGUCGUCUCUCUACCCCGCGGGAGCUUUGGAGAGCACCUGCACUGAGGCGCAAAGCUCACAUUCCUGAGGAUUGCACCACUGAGACGCGUCUCGUUUUGGCAAGAAAAGACUGAUCCUGGUUUCUACCCCGUAUCUCCCUCUGCAAGUCCAGGAUGGGGCUCAGUCUGUGGGCAGCUGGGCAGCAGAUCCUCUUGACCCUGAUGCUGCUGCUCUCUUUGGGCUCUGGUGCAGCCUCCUCCAAAGUGAACAUGCGUAGGAUCAGGCAUCCUACUGUACAACAAACGCUGGCAGGCAAUGCCGUCCUCCCCUGUGUCUUCACCCUUCAGACCAGCUCCUUUAGCCAGCCUCCCCACCUCCUGUGGACUCGCAUCAGGCUACCAGCAGAAGGAGAGGGUGCUCCUCUGGAGCAGAUUGUGCUUUCUGUUAAAGGUGACAUAAUCAAGGUGAAUAAGGCUUUCAGUGGCCGCGCCAUGCUGCCAGGAUACCAUGCCAAUCCUCUGAAUGCUACUAUGGAGAUCUCCAGUCUCCGUACCAACGACUCAGGCACUUACCACUGUCAGGUUGUCAUGGGUAACGAAUAUGAGCGAGACACUGUGCCCCUGAUGGUCUCCGGUGUGGUGUUUCACUACCAGGCUCCCAGAACCAGAUACGCCCUCUCAUUUGCUGAUGCCCAACGGGCCUGCCAGGAAAACUCGGCUGAGAUGGCCACACCGGCCCAGCUGUGGGCAGCGCACUAUGACGGCUUCGCCAGCUGUGCGGCCGGCUGGUUGGAUGAUCAGACUGUCCGCUAUUCUGUCCAGUUGCCAGAGCUUGGUUGCUAUGGACACAAGGAGUACUCAGCUGGAGUGAGGAAUUAUGGGAAGAGGGACCCCAAAGAGUUGUUUGAUGUGUACUGCUUUGCAAAAGAACUGGAUGGUGAAGUCUUCCACUCCGCGGUCGCCGGCAGGCUGUCUCUGUCGUCGGCCUCAGACCGCUGUGUGUCCCUCGGGGGGCAGCUGGCCACCGCGGGGCAGCUUUAUCUGGCCUGGAAGGCCGGCCUGGACAGCUGCGCGCCGGGCUGGUUGUCUGAUGGCAGCGUGCGCUACCCGGUGACCUGGCCUCGCCCAGACUGUGGAGGGAGCCAGCCAGGAGUCCGCACCGUCACACCCAACACCACUGCGGACAACACCACCGUGCUAUAUGAUGCCUACUGCUACAGAGGUAAAGUGCAGAAUUCAGGCUCCAUCUCUCAGAUCUACACCUCCCUGUGGAAGCCCUGGAGCUACCUCGCGGGCUUAAGUGAUGCUGACUCCACGGGGACGGGCAGUCCAGACGUAACUACACAGCAGACCACCACUACCGGAGGGUCCACAGAUGCCAGUGUUUCACCAUCAAACUGGACAGGAUUGGUUGACCUAGAAGAGGAGGCCUCCAUUUACAGCAUUGAUGCAUCAUCAGACCCCUGGUCCUCUGAGUCUUCAGGGUCAUUUAUGACCCUCCAGCUAAUCCCAGGACAGCAGCUCUUAGAGUGGGGAGAGCCGCUGGAGCCUGGCCCCGACUCUGAGGAGUUUCUCCGACCGCCGGUCAACCCCACUCCUGCUGACAAGAAGGUGAUCUCAAAUAUUGUCAAGUCCAUUUGGAAGCCUUGGAACUACCUGGCUGGGACUGGAGAUGAGGAAGGAACCCAAGCACCAAGUAGACAGGCAGGGGAAGACGAGAUGUCCAUGAAACCGACCGAAGAUGGGUCAAAUGCAUCCACUGCAGCAACACCAAGUUUGUUUUCUUGGGGAAGUUCAUGGUUCACCAGCUCCUCAAGGGAAAACUCUACACCAGUCAGUGAAGAAUCUCCCACUCGUCUGGCAUCUACUUUGGCGGCCUCCAGUAACUCCAUGACUACUGAGAGCAACAAGAGCUGGGAGACUUCAGAUACACACAUCUCCACCACCUCCAGCUCUGCACCCGGAAUCACCUCAUCCAAAGGGGAAACCUGGAUCCGUGUUGUAUCAGCAACCACAACCCAUCCGGGUGACAAGAGGGAGGAGACGGUAUCCUCCAGAGGCAGCGGUAGAGGAGGUAGAGGUAGGGGGAAGAAGAACAGAGGGGAGGACAGGAGCAGGGGAGAAGAGAAGGGGAGAGGAGAGGAUAAAGGGAAAGGAGAAGAUGAGGGGAGUGGAGAAAUCACUGGCGCAGAAGCAAAAGGGGAGAUACAAGUUGCACGUCGACCAGUUGGAACAAGCAAACCAAGAGAAAGAUCCAGAGAACGAUCUAGAGACAGGGGUCACAGGAAGGGACAGUCCACCACUACCACGUCUACCACUACUACCACUAGUCCGUUGGAGCUCACGGUGAUGACCACAACUAGGUCGGAAAGCGUUGACUUAUCUACAUCUGAGUCCCUGUCCACUUCACCAGCAAAAAUCAAAUCCCCAUCAAGCUCACCAGAUCCAUACCAAUCCCUCUCCUCAUCUCUAUCACCUUUGUCCUCUGUUACUGCGUCCCCAUCUCCCACGUCCUCCCAACCACCACCAUCUCAAUUCCUCUUUGAAUCACAAUCUCCUUCCACAUCUCCAUCCCCAUCCCCAUCCCCAUCUAGUCCAUCUACCUCUUCCCCAUCUCCAUCCCCAUCCCCGUCUAGUCCAUCUUCCUCUUCCCCAUCUCCAUCCCCAUCUCCAUCCCCAUCUCCAUCCCCAUCUAAUCCAUCUUCCUCUUCCCCGUCUCCAUCCCCAUCCCCGUCUAGUCCAUCUUCCUCUUCCCCGUCUCCAUCCCCAUCACCAUCCCCAUCUAGUCCAUCUUCCUCUUCCCCAUCUCCAUCCACUUCCUCACCUUCAUCUAAUUCCCAAACCACAUCCUUCUCAAACUCACCAUCAUCCCCCCCCCUCCUUUUCCGAUUUCAAACUGCCGGAUCAGGAGACCCAGCUCCAUCUACUCACUCAGACAUCCAGGAGAGCUCCACUAAGACCCUGACAUCAUCCCACUGGAUCCCAGUGGAGAAAGAAGUUCUGAACAGCUCUCUGGAUCAUCCACCAUUACUGUCGGGACCCCCAGAUGUGGAAGAGCCUGCUUGGUCUCACGCUGUGGGGUCAGGGGCGCUGUUACCUGGCAACAUGGAAGAGGAGAGCAGCAGAGGGGGAGUCAACACCAGCACCAUAACUCUCAGCCCAACAGACGAGGUGGAGCCCUGCAUGACAAACCCAUGUCUGCACGGAGGAAAGUGCCUUCCGCAGGGAACGGGCUACAGCUGCUACUGCCCACAAGGAUACACUGGGGAGAACUGUGAGAUUGAUGUCGAUGACUGCCAGUCUGAACCAUGUGAAAAUGGAGGCACUUGCGUCGACAAGAUUGACUCAUUUCUCUGCCUUUGCCUGCCCAGCUAUGGAGGAGACACGUGUGAGAAAGAUGUAGAAGGUUGCGAGCACGGUUGGAGAAAGUUCCAUGGCCACUGCUACAGGUACUUCACACAUAGACACACCUGGGAGGAUGCAGAGAAAGACUGCAGAGAGCACAGUGCCCACCUCAGUAGCGUCAUCUCAGCCACUGAGCAGGAGUUUAUCAAUGGUCUGGGUCAUGACAAUGCCUGGAUUGGUCUGAAUGACCGCACUGUGGAGGAAGACUUCCAGUGGACCGAUAGCAACGAUCUGGUAUAUGAGAACUGGAGGGAGAGCCAGCCAGAUAACUUCUUUGCGGGAGGGGAGGACUGUGUGGUGACCAUUGCCCAUGAGGACGGCAAGUGGAACGACGUGCCCUGCAACUACAACCUGCCCUACAUCUGCAAGAAAGGCACAGUGUUGUGUGGGACACCGCCCGCAGUGGAGAACGCCCAUUUGAUAGGUCGGCGAAGGUCACAUUAUGACAUCCAUGCAGUGGUACGCUACCAGUGCUCUGAGGGCUUCUUCCAGCGGCACAUCCCCACUGCUCGCUGCCGGGCCGACGGGAGCUGGGAGAGACCCAGGAUCAUCUGCACAAAGUCCCGGCGGUCCCACCGUUACCGACGCCACCACCACAAUCAGCACAACGAACGCCGCGGCCACAGGAGACACGGAGGAGAGGGACACAAGGCCAGAGAGGACACACACAGCUACUACUGAACCAAAUAACACAACAUUCUUCAAUGGCUAGGUGCUAACCAUAGCCCAUAAAGAAAGACAGUAGUUAACAUCAUCGCCAUUCCUUUUCCUACUUUAUUUCUCCUGAUGAAUAGGUUUUCUUACACUAACAUACAGUUUAUCUCCAUAAAGUCUAUCCCUGAGUUUGGGUUUUUUGAAGCCCCCCCCCUGCUUCCUUUAACUGAGGUCCAUGCGAACACUAACUCUUAACAAUAACUCUUAUUAACGCCUCCCUCCCAAACAUCUCAAUACAGUAAAUCCUCCUCCUGUCUAUCAACUAAACCCUCUCUGUCUGUCAGACUAACAGCUGUGAGUGAGUGUGUGUGAGUGUAUGCAUGUAAGAGAGACACUUAGAAAAGUGCGGAGUCACUGUUUUUGUUGUUGCAACGGUUCUGUUAGCAAAGCACAGAUGUAAUUGAUGCAAGUUAGCAUUCAGUCCCUGGUGACGCUGAGCUUUUUGUAUGUGUACUGUAGCUAUUACUUUUUCCAUUGAGCACCUGAAUAGUUAGUUUGUUUUACUCUACUGACAUGCUUUUUCUAAUAUUUGCUAUGUUUGUGUUACGUUACUAUUUAUUAUGAAUUGUUUGUGAGUGAAUAUGCUUUCUUUUUUUACUUAUACUUCAGAGAGCCAAUGUAACAUCCUUUUUCUAUACCAGUAUAUAAAUCAAACAAUCAACAAUAAAUUAAAUUAAUCAUUCAAUUGCGUCUAAUCUCUGUAUUGUAAAUAUUGUGGUGUUUGUUUUUGGCUUGUCCCUGAUCAAUAGCUUGACCUUGUCCUGCCCUCUCAAUAGUGAGUAUGUCCCAUAGACAUAGAUGGGAUAGUGAGGAUGGGAUUACACAAUACUAUCUUGAGAUAACCACUUGAUUGUAUCUGAAUUGCUAAAUACUCUCGAUCUUUGCACGGCUAUAUUUACCUGAAGUGUAAUACGUCACAUUUUGUUUUGUCUUUGGUCCCUUUGAUAUUUGAUCGGUCAUCCACUUUUUCGGUGUUCCUGCUGUUGUAUUCCAUUCUUAAUAAAGUAAGAAAACAGCAU